GGUAAGGUAACACUACUACUACUACUAAUAGGCUAGAGUAAUGCAGAAAAAUUAAAAGUGAAAUGAAAACAAAAAUAGUUUUAUAAAGUUUUUCGUGUAUAAAUCAUUAGUUUUGUGUCGCCUAAAGUACUUUUAAAAUGAGCGUCAGCGAGAAACAAAUUGGAGAGUACAUACAGUGUGAAAAAAUAGGAGAAGGGACUUAUGGGGUUGUUUACAAAGCCAAGGAUAAACAAGGAAGACAGUUUGCUGUAAAGAAAAUACGAAUAGAUAGUGAUGGAGAGGGAAUACCUUCAACAGCUAUAAGAGAGGUUUCAUUGUUGAAAGAGCUGCGCCACUCCAACAUUGUAGAACUGCACGACGUCAUCGCUCAAGAAAAGAAGCUGUUCCUUGUAUUUGAAUUCCUCUUCAUGGAUCUCAAGAGAUACUUAGAACAAGUUAUGUUUGAUUUAAGUCCUGCACUAAUCAAAAGUUACAUGUAUCAACUUUUAAGUGGGCUUCAUUUUUGUCACACCCGUCGAGUUGCUCAUAGAGAUCUUAAGCCGCAAAACCUACUGCUGGACUUAAAAGGCAAAAUCAAGCUGGCAGACUUUGGCCUGGCACGUGCAGUUGCUCUCCCCAUCAGAACGUACACUCAUGAAGUGAUCACUUUGUGGUACCGAGCCCCCGAGAUACUACUCGGCGCUAAACUCUACACCACGACAGUCGACAUUUGGAGUCUUGGGUGCAUUUUUGCUGAGAUGGCAUCAAGGAAGGCACUAUUCCCUGGGGACUCCGAGAUUGAUCAGCUGUUCAGGAUAUUCCGCACUCUUGGCACGCCAGAUGAGCAGAUAUGGCCGGGAGUGACCAAGCUGCCGGACUACAAGCCGGUGUUCCCGCGUUGGGAGCGUCAGGACUUCUCAGACAUUGCACCUGGCUUGGAGCCCGAGGCCCACGAUCUGUUUGAGAAAAUGGUCAUCUAUGAUCCACUAAAAAGGAUUUCUGCCAUGGAAGCUCUCCAGAUGCCAUACUUUAACGAGGUGGAAUUAGUAAAACCUAGUCUGGACUUUAAACCAAACACAAAAAAGAUUACUAUUGACUCAAGUUAAGAUGCUGGAAAUAUACCAAAGAAGAUUAGAUUAGUUUAAUUUGUAAUUGCACUCAGUUGUGUAACCAAUACUUAGGUAUUUUGGGAUUUUAAGACUGGGACAAUUACUAGGGACCAUACUACAAAAAAAUAUAUAUAAUUUACUUGUUAGGUUAAAAUGUUUUUUAGUCAAACUUUUAUUUCCAGUGAAGACAAUUAACACACAUUUAGUUUCUCAGUGGUUCAAUGUUAAUAAGAAUGUGAUUUUAUCUUUAUGUAGUAAUUAGUUUUGUUUUCUGACAUGACCAGUGCCAUUCAGGGUACAUUGUACCAUAGUUGUGUUAGUUAAGUUUAAUGUGGAGAUGUUUUGAUGUGUAUUGUGUAAACAAAUUUGUUAACUCUUGAGGAGUCUCUAAUACAUAUUUUUUAUAGUAA